AGGGCUGCUUACAAAGGCACAUGUAAUUCAUGUUCCCUGCAUAAGGAGCCCUCUAGGCAGAUCUUAGUGCUGAUUAACAGUCACAGCAGCAAGAGAUGAGAAACCCCAGGGUCACAUCUGUAUACAGGUGGAUGGACUCUGAAUGACACAUACAGCCAAUUAGCCAAGCCCCAAAAUGCACCCUGGCCUCAAUGCACACACAAAUACAGAACAGUCUUGAAAAACAGAGUACUGCACAAAGCAGAGUGGUACUGCAGCCUUGAGCUCAUGAUUGAUGAAACCUGGUUCCACGAGACUGCAGUGGUGCCUCAGUUUCCCCAUCUCUCAGCACUAUUAAAUAGUAAAAAGCAAUGGAGCGAAGCAGAAGUGGCAGGAUGCAUGGAGGACAUACAUUCCAUCCCAUCAGGUUUGUGCUUCCUUAUGUUAUCCCAGAGUCUCUUUGUUUGCCAAGCUCUGUGUCACAGCUCCCUGCUAGUGACACUUGAGCCCUCCCUGUCCCACCUUGCUCAAAUACGAUGAGCUCCUAUGCAAACCUCCUGUGUGCUCAAAGUCACCUUGCCCCAAGCUCCUGGCAGGUUCCGCUGGGGGCUCAGCAAUCAUUAAUCGGAUUCUUCACAUUCUCAAGUGCUUGGCACAGAAAAAUGGGACAGUGGGUAACUGUGCUCUGGCAGUCCGACAUGCAGCUGACUGGCAAGCUGAUCCUUUCUGCCGCCUCUCUGCUCCUGCUGACUUUGGCAUACAGAUUUUACAAGUCCCGCUCAGCACCUGGAGGCAACAACCCAACAUCCGAUGCUUGCAGAGAGAAGGGGAGAAGGGAAAAUGCAGCUCCGGAUGGGCAGAAUGUGGAGGGUCUGCGGCACAGGUGGGUGUUUGGGGCACGGAGUGGCGGUGAUGCCCAAGCGAGCGUCCCAGAUCCAUGGCAAAAGAGAGAGAAAAUUCUGCCAGCGAGUGAGAAGGAAGACGGAGGGGAGGCAAAAUCUCACGGCAUAAGGGGUCUGAAUGAAAUGCUGAAUGGGAGCAAGGGUGGUGGAAAUGGACACAGUGUGCUUGUCCCACACAUUGCGCUUCCUAACCAGAUGGCAGGGGAUAGAGGCGCACAAAGCACCGAGCAGGAUUUGGCCAGAGGAAUCAUCAGCCAGGAGGGGAGCAGUGGCACAAUCCAGACCCUUAAUGUCACCUCGGAGCUGGGGGUAAAGAUAACAGCAAGCUAUAAGGAAGCAGAUACCUCCUACUCUUUUUCCUCGAUUGCAAAGAUCGAGGUGGAGGAGAGCUAUAUCGCUGAGAAGAAGACAAAGGAUGGAGACAGGCGGUUGUCUCCUGGCCUUAAAGGUAAAGUCUAUGACUACUAUGUCCAGUCCAUCUCCCAUUCAGUAUCUACAAAAAAGUCUCUUCCACCUGCCUCUAUGGGGACAGCCUUGCGCUGCAGCUCAGAGCAGGUAAGGGAAGAGUUGCAGUGCUUGGAGUGGGUCAACACAGAACAACAAAGAUUGGAGUGGCUCAGCGAAGAGCUGCAGAGAUCAGAGGGGGUCAACAAAAAGCUACAGAGCUUUGCCACUCCGCUCGCUGAGACUCACUCCCAAGAAACAACUGUGGCAUUGCAGGACCCUACCACCUCUCUUGUUGUCCCAUCAAAUGCGGAGAGCUUAGAGAAGAACCCCAAGCCCCCGGCUCCCACUCGCAGCAUCAGCCGUAAGAACAGUAUCCUCCAGAUUGCAGAGAACUCUCACCUCCAGCUGCCUAUGGAUGGGUUCUGCAUCACACCAGCCAGCGUGCCACCAGCAAGCCCUCAGCCAGAUCUGGUGGGCAAAGCCAACUUCUUCCAAACAUCACCCUCCUCCCUAGACACCCGUUUGGACCUGGGGAACUGCUACGAGGUCCUCUGUAGGGCCAAGGCAGAGAAGCUAGGCUUUCUUCAGGAGGCUGCCUACAAGGUCAUGAGUGACAACUACCUACAGGUGCUGAGGACGCCCUCCAUCUACUGCUGCCUCAACGCCAGUGAGCGGGAUCUCAUCCUUCAGCGCAGAAUGAAGGGGAAGAUGUGUGUUGUUGUGGCAGACAUCAGCACGCAUGAGCUGGGCCUCUAUGCUAGCCGACUCUGCUGCUAUGAUGACAGAGGGGACCGCUGGCAUCACCUUUGCCACAUGCCACCAGAGGUAGUCUCCCAGGGGUGUGCCAUGUGCAGCAUGUUCAACUACCUCUUUGUGGUAGCAGGCUGUGAAGGCUUGGGCCGCACACCUUCCAACCGUGUCUUCUGCUACAACCCGCUGACCGAUAUCUGGAGGGAGAUCUGCCCCUUGAACCAAGCACGUCCUCACUGCAAACUGGUGGCCUUGGAUGGUUACCUCUAUGCCAUCGGUGGAGAGUGCCUCUAUACAGUGGAGCGGUAUGACCCACGGUAUGACCGCUGGGUCUUCGUUGCUCCACUGCCUCAUGACACCUUUGCUGUAGCCCACAUGGCCACAGUGUGUGAUGGGGAGAUCUAUGUGACGGGGGGCACCUUGCGCUAUGUGCUGCUGCGCUACAUAGCCCGUGAGGACAUCUGGACAGUCAGCCCAGCUGGAGGCGGCAAGGACAGGACAGUGGAGAUGGUGAGCGUCAAUGGUUUUAUCUACCGCUUCGACCUCAAUUGCAACAUGGGUAUUGGCGUCUAUCGCUGUAGAGCCAAGGCCAAGUUGUGGUAUGAAUGUGCCACCCAUGCCAAAGCCUACCCAGCCUGCUUCCAGUGUGCCGUGGUGGGCAGCCUGGUGCAUUGCAUUGGUCGCCACUUCCACAUCCGUUUCUUGGCUGACCCCAUCUCACCGCGCUUUGGGACCAAGGAGCUGCAGCCUUUCCCUUCACCCCGGGGUAGCCUGAUCCCAGCUGUCCUGGUGCUGCCAUGGGCAGGGAUGGAGCAGACACGGGUCUGAAACACCAAUGAGAUUGUGAUAACCAGGUAACAGAAGUCACCAACCUUCACUUACAGCUUUCUAUUGGAUUAACGCUAUUGGGAUAAUGUCACAAUCAUUUACCUUCCACUGAUGGACCAAUGCCAUCCGGACGAGGCCACCACCUCAUCUUCCCAUUCCCUGUAAAUGGAAAAGAAGACAGACUGCACUUGAGCACACACAAAUGCAGCGCUGGGGACACACGAAAGAGCAAAGCUGGAGCUGGGUGGACUCGUUUGCCUACAGGUAUUUAAAUGCAGGUAUGCCUGCUUGAAUGCAAAUGAACUCAGGCUCCCAGCUACUCCAUAGAUUGCUGCUUUGCAGACAGCAGGUUUUUAAUACUGGCCCACAUGCCUAACAUAUGGGGGGGGGUUAGGGCAUAGAAAAACAUCAGUGAAGUUUGGUCUGUAAGAGGUAUCUCCAGAGCAUGUUCCCAUCAGUGUCAAGCUGUCAUUAAGCUUUCAUGUCACCCUAGAGUGGGAGACUGGGGACCAAAACGCACCAUCGAGGUAUCGCUCCUUCUAUUGCCUUGUUACCCAUUACCUUAUCCUCAGCGCAGAAUAAUAUAUAAAUCAAUAUUUAUACACGUGCAAUGUAAAUAAAUGCUAUAGAUUUAUAGACAGCUGGUCUUAAAUAAAAUUAAUGUGAACAUUUGGUAAAAUUAACCACAGGCUAGUGUUGCACAUCGUUUAAAGACUAAUGGGAACAAAGAGGCUGGUGUGCAGCAAUUAGCAAUACAAAACACACAAGCAUUGUCUCCAAGGAAGAGUCCAAAAGCAAAGCAGAGCUCUCACUGUGAGCAGCUGGUUUGGCACUGGGGCCCCUCAUCUCUUUUUCCUGGGAUUGUACUGUCCUCGCUCUGUUUACACCCUAAUGUCCUGCCAACAGCCCACUUUGGGUAAUUGCAUUUUCUUCCCCUAGCUUCUUGAGCAGCUAGAGAAAUGGAUUGUCAUCUGUCAUGUCCAUCGCUGCACACUGCUAUUGGUUCCUGUACCCAUAUCCUUGGUGAAGCACAAAGUGCAUUCAAAGUGCUUAGAGAUAAGGGAUGGCUCUGGGUGCCACACUGUAUGUCAAUAUUGUGUGGGAGAGUGUAGCUUCAUGUUUGUCCAGGGUGAAUUUUCUGGGUGUGAGCAGGGAAAUAUCCUUUGUUUGGUUUGUUUUUCUCCCAGUUAUUAUUGUCACUUCAUCUCAUUCUUUCUGCCAUCGCAGUGAAUAGGCCAAAUAGCACAAUUAGUGUACAUGAACAUUCAUGGGUUUUAUGGCCACGUGAUUUCAAAUAUUUUUAGACCUGGCACCGUAAGUCACUAGCUCAAAGCUCAAAGUCCACAGCCCCGCAGCACUUCUUCUCUCUGCAUGGCCUAAAGUAGAUUUCAGGUCCCUUCCAAUGCAAGUUGUUCCAGGAAAUGGCCUUGAAGAUCUUCCACCACAUUUGGUGGUAUCAGUGGGGACCUUCCUACCAAUGCUAGGAGACCUUGGGAGGAGGUAAAGCCAUGCUAAUUAAUCUUUGUUAAUUAGCAUUAAUUAUACACUUCUGCUGAUGGAGGAUGGCAAUGCAACUCUCCCAUGCUAGAAAAUGUAAUGGUCCUAGGGCUAACUUCAUCCUACCCCACCAAUGAUGUGCAAUAUCUCUCUGAUAUGAUGCCUUAUGGGUCAAAAAACUUUAUUAUUGUUAAGUUUCUAAUUAUUUGGUUACCUGGGCAGCCCUUCUCAGAGCAGCAAUCCCAAAACUUUGGGUGUUCGCAGGAAGGUGGGUGGGACGUAGGCAGCUAGACCCCUUUCAGCUGACAGCUCUUAUUUCAAGCUUUGUAGGGAUUCUGCCCUUCUCGUGGUGACUAUUUGCUUCUGCAUGAGGUUUCACCUGAGAUUUGACUCCUUGUUCUCAGGACCAUGCAGGCAAGGAUGAACACACUGCAAUAAUUAAGCCUUUUCUCAUUACUCAGCAUGAUGACCAUGAACAAUUAAUAGCAUCUCCCUUAACAGCCCAAGCAAGCAUCUGCUGUAAAUCAUUAGUGGAGACCGUUUUUCCCUUCUGUUUAAGCAGAAGCUGAAAUUUUUCUAGGAUCUUCUUCUGAUCCGCAGUAAUUUUAUUCCCCAUCAUAGCGCAAUCGCUUACCUUCGUCCAGCAACAGGCAGCAGGCGUGAAGGGGGUCUGCGUUUCUUCCAGGCCCAUGGCCUCAUGGAAGUUAGGCUAACUGUGGAUCCCCACGUGGAUGGACCCCCAGCAAGCUCCACAUAGUCCCCUUCACUCUUGCACCUUCCAGUAUUAACACAAUUCUCCUGGGGUGGCAUUCUGGAGAUUGAAGGUGCUGAGGAUGUCCUGUGUCAUUGUGGAGGCAAAGCAAAUUUCAAGCACAAAGCAUGCAGUGAUCCUACACUCAAGGGCAAAGUGAGUUUUGGCUGAGGUAGGGGAAAGCAGCACAGAGGAAAGGACAAAUGUAAGGCAAUACGCUAACCUGGAUGAUGUUUUUUCUUGUGACAUCGAGGCAUUAUUUUUGUAAGCGGAUUGGUGAGGAACCUUUUGUUAAUCCUUUCAGCACUUACCCCUCGCCUAUAGCACCAGCUCUUCUCAGCUCCCAAAAGAAGAGAUGAUCCCUAGGUGUAACUGCUCAAGCACACUGCUUUACGGACUCAACCAAACACAGCCCUUGCACUGAAAAUUUGGUAUUUUCUUCUAAUCAGGAAGCUCCAUUAUGCACCCCACCACAUUUACUCAGGCAAUUACAUAGUUUAAUGUACAUUGAUUCAGAUUUCUAAUUUUUACAUUUUUGAUUAUGGCAGAAAGCAGUGAAUGACGCAUUUCUUAUUUACCACACACUCUUUUUCCCUUUGCAAUAUGCCAGGCUGCAUCCAAAUGGAAAUUGGAAGUCAAUUAAAGAAGUACAAAACUAGCA